UUUCAGAUGAUUACUUUUAUACUGUUGUGAAAAGGAUGAGUGAAGUUACUGUUGUGCGAAGAAGUACAGUUCUUAACUAUGGUGGUGGUGACAUGCAUGAUGCUGGUGCUGCCACUGGUGUUGCCGCCGCUGGCACCUCCACCGAUGGUGCUCCUCCUCUUGCCUGUGUGCUUAUUGGCAGCACUUUUGGUGGUAGCGUUGAUGCCCCCAAAGGUGCCAAUGAACGCAGAGCUGGUUGUUGGAGAAUGGGAGCAAAACUGAAAAUCAGAACUGAGUAG